ACCCGAGGACUGACGGACCCGCACGCCGCCCGCGCUGCUGGGGGCGCCGGCGCCCGGCGCAGACGGCCAGCUCCGGCCUCCCCGCCCAGUCGCGCCCCGCCCCGUCCCGUCGGGGCCCAUGGCUCCUCCCGAGGCCCGCAGCCCGGGGGGCGCAGGGUAGAGUGCUUCGGCCUGGCCUCGCGGUCCCGGGACUCCCGGGCCCUCCCGGAGCCCCGCGGAGUCCCCGCCGUCCGUCCGGCGGGCUCAGGGAGCGAGUGGGAGCGCCCCCCACCGCCGCCCCCUCCCCCGAGCGUCGAGACAAGAUGCUGCCCGGGCUCAGGUGCUUGCUGCAAGGUCCCGCCUCGGCCUGCCUCCUGCUGAUGCUCCUGGCCCUGCCCCCAGCGGCCCCCAGCUGCCCCAUGCUCUGCACCUGCUACGCGUCCCCGCCCACCGUGAGCUGCCAGGCCAACAACUUCUCCUCGGUGCCGCUGUCCCUGCCGCCCAGCACCCAGCGACUCUUCCUCCAGAACAACCUCAUCCGCACGCUGCGGCCGGGCACCUUCGGGCCCAACCUGCUCACCCUGUGGCUCUUCUCCAACAACCUCUCCACCAUCUACCCGGGCACCUUCCGCCACCUGCAGGCCCUGGAGGAGCUGGACCUUGGUGACAACCGGCACCUGCGCUCUCUGGAGCCCGACACCUUCCAAGGCCUGGAGCGGCUGCAGUCGCUGCACCUGUACCGCUGCCAGCUCAGCAGCCUACCCGGCAACAUCUUCCGCGGCCUGGUCAGCCUGCAGUACCUCUACCUCCAGGAAAACAGCCUGCUCCACCUCCAGGAUGACCUGUUUGCGGACCUGGCCAACUUGAGCCACCUCUUCCUGCACGGGAACCGCCUGCGGCUGCUGACGGAGCACGUGUUCCGCGGCCUGGGCGGCCUGGACCGGCUGCUGCUGCACGGAAACCGGCUGCAGGGCGUGCACCGAGCGGCCUUCCGUGGCCUCAGCCGCCUCACCAUCCUCUACCUGUUCAACAACAGCCUGGCCUCACUGCCCGGCGAGGCGCUGGCCGACCUGCCGGCGCUCGAGUUCCUGCGGCUCAACGCCAACCCCUGGGCGUGCGACUGCCGCGCGCGGCCGCUCUGGGCCUGGUUCCAGCGCGCUCGCGUGUCCAGCUCCGACGUGACCUGCGCCACCCCGCCGGAGCGCCAGGGCCGGGACCUGCGCGCGCUCCGAGAGGCCGACUUCCAGUCCUGCCCGCCCGCGGCGCCCACGCGGCCGGGCAGCCGCGCCCGCGGCAACAGCUCUUCCAACCACCUGUACGGGGUGGCGGAGGCUGGGGCGCCCCCCGCCGACCCCUCCACCCUCUACCGAGACCUGCCUGCCGAAGACCCGCGGGGACGCCAGGGCGGGGACUCACCCACCGAGGACGACUACUGGGGGGGUUACGGGGGAGAGGACCAGCGUGGGGAGCAGACGUGCCCGGGCGCGGCCUGCCAGGUGCCCCCGGACUCCCGCGGCCCCGCGCUCUCGGCCGGGCUCCCCACCCCUCUGCUUUGUCUCCUGCUCUUGGCGCCCCACCACCUCUGACUGCGGUGCUGAAACUGCAGAGGCUGGGGUGGCCCCCCGCCCCAGCCCUCAGCUGUGGCUCUGGCCUAGUCCCCGCCCCCGGCCUUGCUGUCUGUCUUUCCACCCCCUGCUCCUCUCUGCCCUAGGACCAGGCCA